AUGACUGAAAAAACCAAACAAGAAAAAGGUUUUUUUUCAAUUGUUCAUGCUGAAAAUAAAGUUGAAGAACCUGAAGAGUCAGUUCAGGAAGAUCCCGAAGAUCCAAAACCAGCGAUCGAAGAAGCUUGUGGUGAUACUACAGCUUGUGCACCCUUGAAACAUCACCUUGAAGAAUGUAAUAAUCGUGUUGAGGCUGGAGAGACAGAUGAAAAUUGUAAGAUAUUAAUUAUUCGCAUUCUCACCAAAUAG